UAAGUCCUACUCUUCCUCCUUUCUCGUCAUCAAGCUCUGCUCUAAACUCUAAACCCCGAGACCCCCAAAUUCUCAAACCCUAAAUCCCUAAUUUCCUCGUGGUUUUUCUCCCCUUCAGAAAGCACCUCCGAUCGUGAAUUUGUGUAGAAAUUCAUCAGGAACAGAGUUAUGGCAAUGAGUCAUGUCAGGUCGUUAAAGAGCCAGAUACUUUGUAGGGAUGCAGUUGGGUUGGUGUUGCGGCGAACAUUUGCCGCCGCAGGUGGUAAAGCAAAAAAGGGCUCGAAAGGCGCUGCAGGUGAUGGACCAAAAGCAUCAUCACUCAGCAAAGAAGUGAAGUCAACAACUGUGGUUGGUGCAAAUAUUCUCAAAGAUGGAGCCGAUCUGAAGAUCUUGGCAGAUUCUGAGUACCCCGAUUGGCUCUUCCAUCUGCUUGAUAAACGCCCUGCUUUGAGUGAAUUGCGUAGGAAGAAUAAGGAAACUCUCUUUUAUCAAGAUCUCAAACGUUUGGUUAAGCUUGACACCCGAGCAAGGAUCAAGGCGAACAACACUGAGAGGGCCAAGAACUGAUGAUUAUUUUUUCUUUUUCCUUUUUCCUUUUUAAAGGCGUAGAGUUUGUUGAAAGUAAAAUAAUAAUAUAUGCAUAUAUAAAUAUCAGGGGCACAAAAUGGAAAUUAAGUCUGCUGGUAUUUGUUGUAUGAAAUCCAAUUCCUCCUUUGGCUGCUUAGUGGGGCCUUUUCUGGAUAAUAUGUCUAAUAUGUUAUCAUGAUAUGUAAUAUGUAGGAAUUCUUUUGUCCACCAAUAUUUAUAUAAACUUGUUCAACAAAGAAUUUUGGGAAUUUCGCUGAAGGUUUGAUCUUGAGAAAAGGUCGAGGCUUUUGUUUAGUGGACU